UUCAAACUUAAAGGAAGAGAUGGUCGUGAUGGCAGAGAAGGCCCCGCAGGACCACCCGGGCCACCCGGGCCUCCUGGACCCCGUGGAGAACGCGGUCCCGCUGGAAAAGACGGUGAAGCAGGCACCCCGGGAACACGCGGAAAAAAAGGCGACCCUGGGGGGCCGGGAGAAAGAGGUCCCCGAGGGAUUAAAGAUACGCUAAUUUAAAAGUUGCUUAACUUGAAUAUUAAUUCGAAUUCUUAACAUACAGGUAUCCGUCACGCCCUAGUGCAAGACAUCAAGGCAAACCCUCCAAAAUUGCACAGUCUCAUAAUCGCCCAGGAAAAAAGAGUGCCUUCCUCCUUGCAGUCACAGCGAACGCUUGACUUACUGUUACUAUUACUAGAGUUAGAGUAUUCCGCCCAUUUCAAUAUAUAUAAGAUCUAGAUUGAUAGACACAGAUAUCUGCCAUAUUCUUGGAAAAUACAAUCACACCGCCUAAAUCACAAAUAAAUAAAUAAAUAAAUAAAUUUAAAUAAACUGGACUGCUAUACGUUAUGGCGAAAGAGGAAAUGAUGAUAGUUUCAGAAGGUGAGAAACAUUUAGCAGAAGGCGUUACGUUAUGUAUACCACCAGGUGUCACUUUACUAAACUUUUUCUUAUUCCUUGGCGCAUCGUACAGGCGACCCGGGCAUGCCUGGAACCAACAAGCCCUCUCCCGGCCCACAGGGUCCCAAAGGUGACAAAGGUGACGUAGGAAGGCCUGGAUUGGAUGGACCUCAAGGGCCUAAAGGCGAACAGGGAGAACAGGGAAACGGACGGCCCGGGGUCAAGUAUGUACACUGGGGAAAACGAAGCUGUCCAAACAACACUCAGACAGUUUAUGAAGGUAAUAGCCAGAAUAGGGGAGCAAGCAUUUAGAAAUGAAAAGCAAAAACCCCACCGGCUCAAAGCAGUUUUACAACUAUUUAAGAGUGAUGAAAGAAGCUGAAAGACAAAAACAAAUCUCCUACAGUUAAACAAUGUCAAUGGCUAAUUGGGUUAUUCGUCACGACUGGGUGCUGCAUUUGCGUCUUACGGUGAAUUUCCACGGUCGCAUAACUUUUACGCGCGUUAACAAAAUAGAGGCGUGGUUUGAAAGGCCGCGCGUGAACGUAGACACUUUUUCGUUUACACACGACCUUCAUUGAGACAUUGCCUCUAUUCUACUAACACGCGUAAAAUGUACGUGUAUACACGCACGUAAAAAUGACGCCACAGUGGAAAUCCACCUUUACAGGAGGAACUUUUGAAAACGUAGCCAAUACGUUUGACGAAAAAUAUUUACAGCACCCUAUUAAUAAAAGACUUUAUCACCAAAGAUAUAAUGUGUCCUAAAGUACAGUUUUUCUUUAGCGUUGUUUAGUUCACCACGAGACAUACUAUUAUUUCAAAAAAAGCUUAGCAACAAAAGAUCACAAAAAAGGUAAUUUUUUUAAAGUACCAGAGAAGCGUUCAGAAAAGAGCAAAUGAUUUGCAAAUUUUCUUUCUGCAAACGAUCGAAUUUCCGUUGCUACAGUCGGAACUGGUCCAAAGAAGAGAUAAAAGUCGCUCUGAGCACCCGUUCACAACAAGUGUAUGUUCAACUGCCUAAAAGGUUAAAAUUUCUCAUAACUUAAAACUUUUUUCUGUCAAUCAGGAUUUGUUGGAAGCGGCUACUACAACCAUUACGGUGGUGGUGGUCAGUACCUUUGCCUGCCAAACAAACCAAAGUACGACAAGUACAAGGAAGGUUUUCAGUCCACCUCCUUCAUGUAUGGUACUGAGUAUGAGGUCAGCUCUUUUAAUCCAUUCAAGGGCAGCCUUCACGAUCACGACGUGCCAUGUGCAGUGUGUUACAUCAAGACACGUGCCUCUCAGAUCAUGAUACCCGCAAGGAAUGACUGUCCUUUUGAUUGGACCGAGCAGUAUCAUGGGUAUUUGAUGUCAUGGCACUACAACCACAAGAAAUCUGGUGAUUUCGUGUGCAUUGAUGCAGACGCGGAGUUCGUUCACGGGAGCCAUGCCGGAAAAGAUGGCGCCCUGUUGUACCUUGUGGAAGGCUCAUGCGGUUCGUUGCCAUGUCUACCGUAUGUUGCUGGCCGAGAGCUGACAUGCGCUGUGUGCACCAAGUGA